UUCGCCGGACCACCGUCACCGACUCAAGAAUCAGAUUUCUAUUCGCACGCAGCCUCUUUCUCAAACCUUCUCUCCUCCUCCAUCUCUGCAUACGGUACUAAUCCAUCUGAAAACAUCGUCGUUUGAUUUGUCCGAUUCAACGCCGAGCUAAGAUUUUACCCCGUCGUUGUUCCAGAGCGGAACUCAAUAACACGUCGAGGCAUGGAGGAGCAAUUCAUACUUAGGGUUCCACCUUCUAUCGCGGAGAGGAUUGAUCGCCUUUUGAAUGAGGAUGCUUCUUCUGCCGAGGACAAGACAUUGGAUUUAUCAUUUUCUGAGGAUGGAAGGAGUGGAACGUUUGUCAUUGGCAAUGAUCAUUUUCCUGCAUCUCUCUUGGAUCUUCCAUGUGUAGUUGAAUCAUUUAAAACUUAUGAUGAUUGUGCUCUCGUUAAAACUGCUGACAUUGGUCAGAUGAUUAUGGUUAGAGAACCAGAAGAUCCUGCUCCAAGUGCGGUGGAAUAUAGACAUGGUCUCACUCCUCCUAUGAAGGAUGCUCGAAAACGGAGAUUUCGUCGAGAGCCUGACCUAAAUCCUGAGCUUGUACAGCGUGUUGAGAAAGAUUUGCUUAACAUCAUGAGCGGUGUAACGGUUGAAAAUGCAGAUGUUGAGGUGCAUGAACAAGAGGAAGAUGGUGAUGAGAAUGCCCGGAAUGCAAAUAAAAAAGCUGCGCCUGCACCCACAGAGAAGCACAAGGUUCCUGCAACAGGAGCAAAUGUUGGAGAGCCUGAACCGGAUAGAAGUGAUUCGGAUGAGACUGAUGACUCGAUGUGAUUUUGGUCAUGCUUAUUGGGAGGUUUCAAAUGUCUUAGGUACUCACCUGCCAACUAUUUUACCAUACAACGUGUUGUAUGUAGUUCCGUAUAAGCUUUGGAGGGAUUCAUGCACUUUUAGUAUUAUAACUAGUUAAUAGAAUCCUUCGUGGAUAUACUCGAGUACUUAUAAUAGCAUUAUAACUGUCCUUUACUGUGCACGUGGUAAACAGGGAAGCAUAAUUUCAUUUCCA